CAAGAAAGCAAAAAUUCUACGACAGGCUAACCCUGUUAAUGAGUUUCGCAAGCCUGGGCGAUCGGAGAAUCAUGGGAUACGAGAAGCCUCCAAGAUUGUCGUUCAACACGAAAAUCAUGAAAUACUUUGGCCCGGUGUGCGUCGUCUCACAACUCAUGUAUUUGUAUGCUAAUUACGGCGACCUUACUUUUGAUAUAUUGGGCAUUAUUUUCUCGAUUUUUCCUGCUACUUGUUUGGCUAAUGUCAACAUCGCGUCAUCUAAAUUGAAAAGCUAUAAACGACUCAUUGGUACGCUAUUCACUGAAAUACACUUGCACACUGUUUACAAAGAAAAUAAGAACGAUUUUGUGAAAAGUAGGCUACUUAAAACUGAGCGCUACACACGCUGGACGACGUGCUAUUUAGUAUUCUUCUUCAUCAUCAAUUGGCUAGGAUGGAUUUGUAUAACUGCUGUGAAUAACUAUAAUAACAAAGAACUAGUUCUCAACCACACGGCCCGACUACAAACUUGCGUUUUCUUAUGGUUACCUCUUGACUAUAGUUACAAUUUCCAAUAUUGGUAUGUCAUUCAUACCAUCAAUUUUCAUAUCGUUGGCUGCGGUGUGACGGUAAUAGCGGUAUUUCAAUCCCUGAACAACAUAUUCGUUUAUAACCUCAUCGGACAUAUUCAAAUAUUGAAACAUAAAAUAAAAACCGAUUUCGAAGGAGACUUAAGUGACGCAGAAGUCCAUGAAAGGCUUGUUAAAAUUAUCAAGUACCACUCAUUUAUCACACAUGUAUUCAAAGAGGUCGAAUAUGCAUUUGGUUUCAACGUUAUAGCGAAUUACACACAAAAUCUUGUUGGAAAUAGUAUUGUUCUCUAUCAACUUAUGUAUGGGGGGAGAGAAAAUAUGAUGUUAUACAUAACAAUGAUUAUGGCAUAUACAGGUGGACCAAUUUUGAUGUCAUUUGUACUCGAAGAAGUUAAAAAACAGACCGAUGAUCUGCCAGAAGUAGUAUACAGUAUGCCAUGGGAAAACAUGUCGGUAUCCAAUCAGAAGACUGUGCUACUUAUUUUACAGCGGGUACAAAUUGUUUUCGAGUUUGAGGCACUUGGAAUAUUGAUUGCCGGUGUCAAACCAAUGCUUUCGAUAUUGAAAACAACAUUUUCAUAUUACGUGAUGCUGGAAACCACUAUGUCAAUGAAUUCUUAAUAUUCAUAAUAUCUACAUUUUACUCGUACAUUUUCUCACGAGCAGCAUAAUAUGGAAAUAAUUGCACUAUUAAACAAUAA